AUGAGAGGCAGUGGGGAUGACCAGAGAUUUUCUGUUGUUGAGUGUGCGAAUUGGACCAUUUUCCUGUCCUGCUAAGCAUUCCAAAUGUAUUGAGUACUUUUGAGUGUCAGGAAAAAUGUAUGGAGUAAAAAGUGUGUUGUUUUCUUUAGGAAUGUAGUGAAGUAAAAGUUGUCAAAAAUAUAAAUAGUAAAGUACAGAUACCCCAAAAACUACAGCUCUUAUUCAGAGCGUCUUAUGGUGCUAUUGUCACGUUUAGAAAACUGGGAGCUCGGAAAUUUCCGACUUCCGUGCUUUCAAAGCAACUGGCAAUUUAGGAAAAAAAUUGUUUUUUAAACCAUUGAAGUCGGAGUUUUCCGAGUUCCCAAUUUUCAACGCAGCAUUACAGUUGAGAGCGCAUACAUUUUUUUCGUAGCCUACACGACGUUAACGCCCGAAUAUAAACCCCGUAGCUCGAAUGUGAUAUGCGCAGCCACAUAAACAUUGGCAUUAUUAGCCUAAGCCUACUCAAGCAAUGCGAAAUGUUAUUGGUGACAUACACGUGUUUAGCAGAUGUUAAUCGAGGUGUGUUUAUGUUAUUUGUAUUAACUACACAGCCCAUUACUGGCACCGACUCUUUAUUAUACGACGUGUGAAUUAUAUAGUCGAAAAUAGAAUACAAUUUUUUUUUAUCGCCUGCUCCAAUUCGUGGUUAUGCACGCGGAACCUUUCUCAUCGAUUCAGGUGGCACAUCGGAUGAAAUUUCUCUGCGCACUCACUCAGUAAGCGCCGCAUUUUUGCAAACAUGGCAGCACAGAUGGCGACGACGAAGGUUCCAGAAGUCCGUGACAUCACCAGGAUUGAGAGAAUCGGAGCUCAUUCUCACAUCCGUGGGCUUGGGUUGGAUGAUGCCUUGGAACCUCGUCAGGUGUCCCAGGGGAUGGUUGGCCAGCUGGCGUCCCGUCGUGCAGCUGGUCUCAUCCUGGAGAUGAUUAAAGAUGGCCACAUCGCUGGCAGGGCUGUCCUGAUUGCUGGGCAACCUGGCACUGGGAAAACUGCCAUCGCUAUGGGUAUUGCCCAGUCCCUUGGCACAGACACCCCCUUCACAGCCAUGGCCGGCAGUGAGAUUUUCUCUCUGGAGAUGAGCAAGACCGAGGCCCUCAGCCAGGCCUUCAGGAAAGCCAUCGGAGUCCGGAUCAAAGAGGAGACUGAGAUCAUUGAAGGAGAAGUGGUGGAGAUUCAGAUUGACAGACCAGCCACUGGAACGGGUGCUAAAGUGGGUAAGCUGACCCUGAAGACUACAGAGAUGGAGACUAUCUAUGACCUGGGCAGUAAGAUGAUCGAGAGCCUCAGUAAAGAACGAGUUCAGGCAGGCGAUGUAAUCACCAUUGAUAAAGCCACAGGGAAGAUUAGCAAGCUGGGCCGCUCCUUCACCAGAGCCAGAGACUACGAUGCUAUGGGAGCACAGACACAGUUUGUCCAGUGUCCUGAGGGGGAGCUACAGAAGAGGAAGGAGGUGGUGCACACAGUGUCCCUCCAUGAGAUAGAUGUCAUAAACAGCCGUACACAGGGGUUCCUGGCCCUGUUCUCUGGUGAUACCGGAGAGAUCAAGUCUGAGGUCCGCGAACAGAUUAAUGCUAAGGUGUCUGAGUGGAGGGAGGAGGGCAAGGCUGAGAUCAUCCCUGGGGUGCUGUUCAUCGACGAGGUGCACAUGCUGGACAUGGAGUGUUUCUCUUUCCUGAACCGAGCCCUGGAGAGUGACCUUUCACCUGUCCUCAUCAUGGCCACCAACAGAGGCAUCACACGUAUCCGAGGCACCAACUACCAGAGUCCCCAUGGUAUCCCUAUAGAUCUACUGGACCGCCUCCUCAUCAUUGCUACCUCCCCCUACACUGAGAAGGAGACACGGCAGAUCCUCAAGAUCCGGUGUGAGGAGGAGGAUGUGGAGCUGAGUGAGGAGGCUCACACUGUCCUGACACGUAUCGGCCAGGAGACAUCGCUGCGUUACGCCAUCCAGCUUAUCAGCACCGCAGGCCUGGUGUGUCGCAAGCGCAGGGGAACAGAGGUGCAGGUGGAGGACAUUAAGAGGGUCUACUCUCUCUUCCUGGAUGAGUCCAGAUCCUCACAGUACAUGAAGGAGUACCAAGAUUCAUUCCUUUUCAAUGAAACAACACAACCUACAAUGGACACCUCUUAAUUGAUACGGACUGCAGAUCAUUUUUAUAGCACGUUCUCCUGUGAAGUUCUUCUGUUUUUUGUUUUGUUGCCAUACUCCAUUUCUCUGAUACUGUGUUGACUUAGCUUUGCCUUUAAAUGCCGUUUAUUGUUUCAUUGAGUUAAAAUGUACAUGAAACCUACUUUUUGAUUAAAUGUUGUUUUUCUCAUAGAUUUUAUAUAAUUGCCUAAAAUGUAGUGUUGUCAUGCAUUGAUUUACAACGCUUAACUUCAUGAAACAAAGGCAAUGUAGAUGUUGGCAAAGUUCUUUUAAAGAGGUGAGUAAAAUGUUUUUGAUUUGAAAGAAAGACAUUUUCUCUGUCACAAAGACCUCAAGUGCUAUGUAUAAUACAUCCACCUUCUCCCUACUACAAAGCUAGCCUCAUGGGGUACCCCUUUUGUUACAUCAGGAUGUGGUGUGCUUUUUAUUUUGAAAUAAAAUUAGUAUCUCAAAGACCGAA